AUGGGAAAAGUAGCCACAAGGCCAUUAGUGCAACCUUCCACUGCAGAAAAUAGGAUGCCGAUGGUUCACCAAAUGGAUGAAGGAAAUGAGGGAGAAGCUACGGCGUUGUGGUGGAAUAGCUUCUACGAGCUCGAGCCUGACUACACUAAAUAUUACAUGAUCGUUUUAGGGAAAAGGGCUUGGAACGUAGGCCAUAUUUUGCUCUGCAACAAUGCUGAUGGAGGAGACAGAAGAGAGAGAGGAGAGAAGUGUAGUGUUGACGUGGGCGCAUGCAUGGUGUGGCUCGAUUCAAAGAAGGCGAAUUCUGUGGUGUACAUGGUUUUGGGAGCAUGA